AUGCAAGAAAGAAAGAGAAGAGAAAAUGAGAAGAUAGUGCGAGGUGGAAGUACUGGAGCAAAACCCGGGUGUGUGACUUUCGUUAGGGAGAGAGAGAAAGACAUAUGUAGUUUCAUUCAGAAACUCCAAACAUCUGAGGCGACAACAUUAGGAAUCUCGAUCGCUGAUAAAACCUAUGCAGCCCCAAACACACUCUGCAUUCCAACUUGUUUAAAUUCCCUUUUUCCGAUUCACCCUUCUCUCAAUAAAUUUUGGGCCUAUGAAACCCGAUUCUUCGCCACCGAAAUGGCUACUCCUGUUGAUCCUCCAAAUGGGAUCAGGACUGAAGGGAAGCAUUAUUUCUCCAUGUGGCAAACCCUGUUUGAGAUUGAUUCAAAAUACGUGCCAAUCAAGCCCAUUGGUCGCGGAGCAUACGGGGUUGUGUGCUCGUCUGUGAAUAAGGACACCAAUGAGAAGGUUGCCAUCAAGAAAAUACAGAACGCCUUUGAAAACCGGGUUGAUGCGCUGAGGACUUUGCGCGAACUCAAGCUUCUUCGCCACCUUCACCAUGAGAAUGUGAUUGCUUUGAAGGACAUCAUGAUGCCUGUUCAUAGGAAUAGUUUCAAGGAUGUCUAUCUGGUUUAUGAACUCAUGGACACGGAUUUGCACCAGAUUAUUAAGUCUUCUCAAGCACUGUCUAAUGAUCACUUCCAGUAUUUCCUCUUUCAGUUGCUUCGUGGCUUGAAAUAUCUUCAUUCUGCUAACAUCCUUCAUCGUGACUUGAAACCUGGGAAUCUUCUAAUCAAUGCAAAUUGUGACCUAAAAAUAUGUGAUUUCGGGUUAGCACGAAUUAACUGCAGCAAGAACCAGUUCAUGACCGAGUAUGUUGUCACACGUUGGUACAGGGCACCAGAGCUCCUACUCUGCUGUGACAACUACGGGACAUCCAUUGAUGUUUGGUCAGUUGGAUGCAUCUUUGCCGAGCUUCUUGGCCGAAAACCGAUUUUCCCGGGUUCAGAGUGUCUCAACCAACUGAAAUUGAUUAUCAAUAUCCUUGGUAGUCAAAAGGAGGAAGAUAUUGAGUUCAUUGAUAAUGCAAAGGCAAAGAAGUAUAUCAAAUCACUUCCUUCUUCUCCUGGAACCCCCUUUUCACGACUUUAUCCUAAUGCACAUCCUUUAGCAAUUGACCUUCUGGCAAAGAUGCUUGUUUUCGAUCCAACAAAGAGGAUCAGUGUCACUGAAGCGCUUCAACACCCUUACAUGGCCCCUCUCUAUGAUCCUAACUGUGACCCCCCAGCUGUGAUUCCAAUUGAUCUUGACAUUGAUGAGGAUCUAGGGGAAGAGAUGAUAAGAGAGAUGAUGUGGAAAGAAAUGCUUCAUUACCAUCCUGAAUCUGCUAUGGAGAGUGCAGGGUUGUGCUAA